AUGACCUCUUUCUCACCCUCCAUCAAACGGGAAGGACCCGAUGAUCCGCGGGCGGAAAAGGGUAAAGUUGUCAUGCGCAGGUAUUUUGUCUCCACCCAGAAGACUGGCCAUCCACAUGCGAAGAAGCCCGUCUCCGACAUAUGUUUUGUGUUUACUAAUAAAAAGAUUUCCUUUCGCCUAUCGAGCAAGUUCACAGAGGAUAAAAAACUCCCAAGGGUUCUCUACCCAUUCAGUUACGUACUCCUCACCAUCGGGUUUAGAAGAUUGAUACAACGAAGGCGGAUUCUGGUCAGCGUCAGAGGCAAACCGAUUGUAGUUCAAACUGUGAACAUAGCCGUCUAUUCGGACGAAGAUCCGAGUGCACCCAGCGAGCGCUGA